UCCCCAGCCCCGUCCCGCCCUCUCCACCGUCCAGGAAAAAGUUGACGGCUCCGGCCGCUCCGAGCCCUGUCCAGCCGCGAUGGAGCGCUGGAGCUCACCGGGACCGGCGAUAUCGCCCUACAAGCCGCUGUCCGAGGGGCUGGACAUGGAGGACCUGCCCCCCAGGACGGUGGUGACCGUGGAGCAGCCCCCGCUGUCUCCCCCUCCCCGCGACCACCUGGCCUGGUCCCUCUGCACAGCACUGUACUCCAACAUCUGCUGCCUGGGCUUCCUGGCUCUUGUCUUCUCCAUCAAGUCCAGGGACCGCAAAGUCCUCGGAGACUUCAAGGGGGCCCUCAGCUAUGGCUCCACCUCCAAGUACCUGAACAUCACUGCCCUGGUGCUCAACAUCCUCUUCAUCAUCGUCGUCAUCAUCGUCCUGGUCACCACUGGCAUCAUGGCCAGGGUCUACUACCAGCAGGAGCAGGAGAACCAGCCCUACCUUGGCCCCUCUUAGCCCUUCCCCUGGAUCCCCCCCACCGCCUGCCAGAAUGCCCCGGAGACCCCCAGGUCCUGUCCCAAUUUCCUCACUGCUGGAAGUCUCCAUGGAACCCUCUCCAAUAGUUCUUUCUGGAAGAGCCUGGAGACCCCUCUGCUCCUGCAGCUUUGUAGCCCCAAGUGCCUCUACAAACAAUCCCUAAGGAGAAGCUCCUCACAUGGGGAAAAUCCUAUUACUAAUAAAAUGUUGGUUCACUUCUG